CUCCUCUUUUUCCAGCCCUUCUUUUUCACUCUAAUUCUUCGCCUCUGUUUCCUCCAUUUGAAGGCUUCAAUUUUUCAAUCCAUCCUCCACACUAAUCCCUGAAACCCUGAAACCCAAUAAGCAGGAUAAAACUUAUUCUCAGCUUCCUACAGAUAAAGUUCUCCUUUCAUCCUCAGUAGUUUCAAGUAUUCUUUUUGUGUUAUUGGGCUUCCAUUUCUACAGUUCCUGAUUCAAUUGAUUUUCCGGUCUUUUCGUCGCAUUUGAAGUUUAAUCUCUGGAAUUCUGGGUUCUCGACUUAUUCCAGUUUCAAUUUGAACUUCAGUUCUCACACCUCUGUUUUCACUUUUCUCUGAAAGAAUAAGAACAGACAGAACAGCGAAGAUGAUUUCUGUUGCUACUCCUGAAACCCAACCACCACAAAUCACUCCUGAAGCACCACAAGUCACUCCCGAGCCACCACAAAUCACUCCCCAGAUCCCCCCUACGGAGAACCCAGCACCAGAAACGUUCAUAUUUCGGUCUAAACUCCCAGACAUUCCCAUCUCUAACCACCUACCGCUCCACAGAUACUGUUUCGAGAAGCUCUCGGAAUUCCCAGACCGACCAUGUUUGAUCACCGGUUCGAAUGGCAGAAUAUAUACGUUUGCAGAAACCCAUCUCAUCUGUCAGAAAACGGCUGUUGGCCUAUCGAAUCUUGGCAUCAAGAAAGGCGACGUGAUCAUGGUUCUCCUUCAGAACUCGCCUGAAUUUGUCUUCUCCUUCAUGGGUGCUUCGAUGCUUGGCGCCAUAACCACAACUGCAAAUCCUUUCUACACACCAGCAGAGAUUUUCAAGCAGUUCUCCACCUCCGGUGCCAAGCUCAUCAUUACUCAAUCCCAAUACGUCGACAAGCUGAGAGAUUCCGAGAAUUUCCCGAAAAUUGGAGAAGGCCUCACAGUGGUCACCGUGGAUGACCCACCGGAGAAUUGCAUCCAUUUUUCUGUUCUCUCCGAGUCCGACGAAAGAGAGCUGCCAUCAGUAUCAAUUGAUCCGGAUGACCCAGUUGCUCUUCCGUUUUCUUCAGGGACGACCGGCUUGCCGAAAGGCGUUAUCUUGACCCAUAAGAGCUUGAUCUCAAGCGUGGCUCAGCAAGUUGAUGGAGAGAAUCCUAACUUGCAUUUGAAGACAGAAGAUGUUUUUCUCUGUGUUCUUCCUCUGUUUCAUAUUUUCUCACUGAACUCUGUUCUGCUCUGUUCUCUGAGAGCCGGGACUGGAGUUCUGCUGAUGCAAAAAUUUGAGAUCGGAGCACUGCUGGAUUUGAUCCAGAGGUACCGGGUUUCAGUUGCCGCGGUCGUUCCGCCGUUGGUUCUGGCAUUAGCGAAGAAUCAGAUGGUCGAGAACUUCGACCUCAGCUCGAUUCGGAUCAUAUUGUCGGGUGCCGCUCCACUGGGCAAGGAACUGGAGGAAGCUCUUCAUAGCAAAGUCCCCCAAGCUGUCUUCGGCCAGGGUUAUGGAAUGACAGAGGCCGGGCCAGUGCUGUCCAUGUGCCCGGGGUUCGCAAAGCAGCCUUUCCCAACCAAGUCUGGCUCAUGUGGCACAGUAGUCAGGAAUGCAGAAUAUAAAGGCUUCCAGGUGCCACCGGCAGAGCUUGAAGCCCUUCUCGUGAGCCAUCCAUCCAUUGCGGAUGCCGCUGUUGUCCCUCAAAAAGAUGCUGUCGCCGGUGAAGUUCCAGUUGCAUUUGUGGUCCGGUCAAAUGGGUUUGAUCUUACUGAGGAGUCUGUAAAAGAAUUUAUAGCCAAACAAGUGGUGUUUUACAAAAAGCUGCACAAGGUCUACUUCGUCCAUGCCGUUCCCAAGUCCCCCUCCGGGAAGAUUUUGAGAAAAGAUCUUAGAGCUAAACUUGAGACAAACUCCCACACAGAAAUUAAAUCUUCAUGAUUGAUUAAGUGAUUGCUUUAGCUUGUAGAGGCAUAGAAGCCUUGUUACCUAUUACCUAGUGAAAGUGAGUUUACAGGGGAAGAUGCAUUGCCAUCAACCGGGUUGAGAAGCCAAGGAAAGUGUAAGGACCUUCCAAAUGUAAUGUGCCAUUAGUGUUGCUUCAUUUUCUUUGCAUUGUAAUGCAAUUCUGUUUUGUACUUCAAUCAGAUAUUCUUAUAAUAAGAUAGGAAGGGAUUUUCCCUUUCAAUUGAUUAUUUUACUUGUAAAACAA